AGGGAAGUUUUGCUUUUGAUUAAACGUUUUCAAUUAAAAUUUGGACCUCAAUUUUAUUCUUAAUUUUCUUUUAUUAAGAAUAUAUAUACUUCAUUGUUAACUAAUUGCAACGGCGACAUUUCUUUUCCGAUCGCUUUCGAAGAACAAACCACCGUUGCAUCGAUUCACACACCUUCUUUCUCCGACGCCGGACUCCCUAAUUGGAGAUGUACCUCAAGAAGGCAUUGUGGACCGACGGACUCACGCCUAAUCCCUCAGCCGAUUCUUUGCCGGACGACCAAUCGGCCUCUGCAACAUCUUCCGCCGUCGGGGAGUUGGUCAAUUCUUUGAACCGUCAGAGGCUCUUUCGUGAGGUUACUUUUGCUCUUCGAACAGGCCUCAGAGAUGCCAGCGCCGAGUUUAGCUUUCUCCGAGUCUGUGGUCUUCGUAGCCUCCUCAAGUCCCUUCGCUCCAUUGCUGAAUCCAAUUCUACGAUCGAGCUUUUCUGCCAGACUCAGUCCGUGCCCGAGCUUCAAGUGGUUCCAGUUCUAUUUCAACAGUCGUUAAAAGAAUCAGAGGAUGAUCCUGUGGUAAAUUUGGACCAUAUCUUUGGAGUGGAACCUUUGAAGAUCGCUAGUCCUUCAACCGAUGCCGAAGUUGCCCUUGCACUACGAGUUUUAGAAGGUUGUUGUCUUCUUCACAGAGAGAGCACUGCUUUAGCCCAUCAGCACAAGGCAAUUCCGGUUUUGAUGAACAUAUUGUCUAUUCGUGGAAUACUCGAACAAGGUGCAUGCUUAGAUGCUUUAAUUUCAGUAAUGUUGGAUUCUUCAGCCAAUCAAAUGGAUUUUGAGGUUUGCAACGGUAUUGAGGAAGUUGCAGUGCUCAUAAGGGACAAACAGAUUGAUGAAAACCUCAGGUUGAAAUGUGGUGAGUUCUUAUUGCUUCUUAUUGGACAUGUAAAUGGGAGGGGAAGGCCUCCUCUAGCAACCAUACAUGAAGACAUAAGGCAGCUUCUAGGAGAGAAAUCAGCCUCCUUGAUAUGGGCAGCCAGUCAAUUUGGGUCAACUCUUGAUCCAGAGCAGAGAUUAACAGCACUACACAUCCAAGCUCGUCGGGUUCUCGAGUCGCUGGACCUGUAUUAAAUAUAAAUAUGAUGCAGCAGUAGAAAUAUCUCGUGAUGUCGGGUUUGGAGUAACAGUGAUGAAUUUUUAGGGUGGAAUGUUAAAGGAAAGAAAAGGGGAUGAAGUUAGAAAAACACACACUUGGUCAAGUAUGAAGAGAAAAACAGAAACAGCGUAUCUUUGCCUUGAUUUUUGAAGGAAACGUCCCUAUCUCAGGGAACAUUGGUUGGGGACGAGAAAAUUGUGUUAUAGUGAGAACAGCCGAUGCUUGAUUUUGGUCUUCACAUGAAAGUUCAACCACUCCACAUUACUAAACCAGGCAUGUUCUGUAAACUUUUUUGAUAAAAAUCAUCAUUACUUCAAACUAAAUUGUUUCAUGAUAGUCCACGAUUUGCCUGUCUGGUUGUUUAUCAGUAUAAUAAGUCUUUUAUUAAUUGUUUAAUUAUUAGAAUACGAAAAAGAAGACUAUUUUUUAUCC